AAAAAUCAAAGGAUUAGGGACACGUCAUCACAAAGUGGAGUCACGCAGGGAUCACGUGAGAAAACGUCGACGAACGAUUUUCCAGUUUUCCACGCCCACUCUCCUCGCUAGCGAGGACCACUAAUUUAUCGCCGUGGUUUUUCAUUUCCUCGGUUCCCUCCUCUCCUUAUCCGUCCAAAUUGCCGGUCCAAACGUUUCCAGAUUCCGACCACCUCUAAUUUUCUUUGCUAUCUCCACUCCAAUUUCCCUCAGAUCUCUGGGAAAUUUCAGUAGUUGCUUUGUUUUAAAGAUAAUGGUUCGUGGAAGAGAUGCCUGCUGGGAGCAUUGUGUACUUGUAGAUGCAACGAGACAGAAAGUGAGGUGUAAUUAUUGUCACCGGGAAUUCAGUGGAGGGGUUUAUAGGAUGAAGUUUCAUUUAGCUCAAAUAAAAAACAAAGAUAUAGUCCCCUGUGCUGAAGUCCCUGAUGAUGUUAGAGACCAUAUACAAAGUAUAUUAAAUACUCCGAAGAAACAAAAAACUCCCAAGAAACCAAAGAUGGAUAAGACAGUUGCAAAUGGCCAACAGAAUAGUUCCUCUGCUAGUGGUGGUCUCCAUCCUAACCAUGGAUCUAGUGGCCAACAUGGCAGCACCUGUCCAUCUUUGUUGUUUCCGCAUCCAUCGCCUAGUGAGCAGCCAGCAACUGACGAUGCUCAAAAGCAAAAGCUGGAUGAUGCUGACAAAAAAAUUGCUGUUUUCUUCUUCCAUAAUUCUAUUCCUUUCAGUGCUGCUAAAUCCAUGUAUUAUCAGGAAAUGGUGGAUGCUAUAGCAGAGUGUGGUGUUGGUUAUAAAGCCCCAAGUUAUGAAAAGUUGAGAUCUAGCCUUUUAGAGAAAGUAAAGGGUGAUAUACAUGAUGGUUAUAAGAAAUAUAGAGAGGAAUGGAAAGAAACUGGUUGCACUGUCUUGUGUAAUAGCUGGUCCGAUGGUAGGACGAAAUCGUUUGUUAUAUUUUCUGUCACAUAUCCAAAAGGGACACUCUUUUUGAAGUCUGUUGAUGUCUCAGGUCAUGAGGAUGAUGCUAGCUACUUAUUUGAAUUGCUUGAAUCAGUUGUCUUGGAGGUUGGUUUGGAAAAUGUAAUUCAGGUGAUAACAGAUAGCACGGCCAGUUAUGUUUGUGCAGGAAGACAUCUCAUGGCGAAGUACAGUUCGUUGUUUUGGUCUCCUUGUGCUUCUUAUUGCAUCGAUAAGAUGUUGGAAGACAUUAGUAAACAAGAGUGGGUGGGCAUUGUGUUGGAGGAGGCAAAGACCAUUGCACGGUAUAUAUACAGUCAUGCAUGGAUUUUAAAUAUGAUGCGGAAGUUCACUGGUGGAAGGGAACUAAUGAGGCCCAGAAUUACAAGAUUCGUGGACAAUUAUCUUACCUUGAGGUCCAUUGUGUUCCAGGAGGACAAUUUAAAACACAUGUUCUCUCAUUCAGAGUGGUUAUCAUCCAUUUAUAGUAGACGUUCUGACGCUCAGGCUAUUAAGUCGUUACUGUAUUUAGAAAGAUUUUGGAAGUCUGCACGUGAAGCUGUUAGUGUGUCUGAGUCACUGGUUAAGAUAUUACGGAUUGUUGAUGGUGACAUGCCGGCUAUGGGUUAUAUUUACGAAGGAAUAGAGAGAGCAAAAGGUGCUAUAAAGGCAUAUUAUAAAGGUAUUGAAGAAAAAUACAUGCCAAUAUGGGAUAUAAUCGAUCGGAGAUGGAACAUGCAACUUCACUCACCGUUACAUGCUGCUGCAGCAUUCUUGAAUCCUUCAAUAUUCUAUAACCCGAACUUCAAGAUUGAUUUAAGGAUGAGGAAUGGGUUUCAAGAAGCAAUGCUUAAGAUGGCUACGAUGGAUAAAGAUAAAAUAGAAAUCACAAAGGAACAUCCCGUGUACAUAAAUGCACAAGGCGCUCUAGGGACCGAUUUUGCCAUCAUGGGGAGAACCCUCAAUGCUCCAGGUGACUGGUGGGCGAGCUAUGGUUAUGAGAUUCCGACGCUACAAAGAGUAGCAAUAAGGAUACUAAGCCAACCAUGUAGCUUUCAUUGGUGCAGAUGGAAUUGGAGCACGUUUGAGACCGUACAUACGAAGAAACGAAACAAAGUGGAGAUGGAGAAACUAAAUGAUUUGGUUUUUGUGCAUUGCAAUCUUUGGUUACAAACAAUAUGUCAGGGUAGGGAUGGAAAAUGUAAACCCAUCAUCUUUGAUGAAAUAGAUGUUAGUUCAGAAUGGCCAACCGAAUCGGAACCUUCGGUUCCUCUAUUGGAUGAUUCAUGGUUAGAUAAUUUGCCCCUUGAAUGCAGAGGUAGUCCAUAACAUUGUCAACAAAAAUGAAAAAGGAUACUACAUGUUCUAUUACUGAUUGUAUACAUGAUGCUGGAAUAUAUACUGUAUAUUGUCAAAUAAUUUAAUCCAUACGCUGUCUGAUCAGCAAAUAUGAGAAGAAUAUGUAUAUCUAAUAUAGUCAAAUUCUUCUUAUGAGGAGCUAGAAAUGUACAUUGAUAUGAUAUGGUUCAAGUGGGGAGAAUAUUUAUUCUUAAAGCUGAGGUUGUUCUUGUUAUUGUUUUUUCCAAGAGAAGGGAAAAAAUUCAUGUUCUCCAAA